GGGGGUGGGUGGGGCAGAGAACUAGAAGGACGCCUCAAGUGAGCCAUCAAGACGCGUCAUCGCCUUUUGGGUUGGUUUAUAAAAUCCCCACCAGAGCCCCAAGACCAUUUUUACUUCCUCUUCUUUCUGAAGAAGCCUCGCGGUGCCCAGCUGGGGAACUACCUUCGUCGAACUAGAACCGAGAGGGGGCUGCCCGCGCGCUGCUGCGUCGCCAAGUCCAUCUGCCCGCGCUCGUUGGCCGGUUCCCUCGUUCGCUCUCCUGCUGACUUUAAACCUGACCCAGAUCUUCCCGACCCGAGGACGCCGUCGGUGCGUCUGGCCUCGCGACCCUAGAGCCUAGUAGGAAACCGAAACCGCGGGACUCGGCACCCGGCACCGCCCGCCUCCGUCCCCCGAACACUUGUAAGUUUCGAUUCUUCCCGGAGUCGAGUCCCGCGCAGCGGCCAGGCCAGCGCACAGAGCGAGCAGGCGAGCGCGCCAUGGCGGACCCGGAGGUGUGCUGCUUCAUCACCAAAAUCCUGUGCGCCCACGGGGGCCGCAUGUCCCUGGAAGCGCUGCUCAACAAGAUCGCGCUCUCCGAGGCGCAGCUCUGCGAGGUGCUGGAGGUGGCCGGGCCCGACCGCUUCCUGGUGUUGGAGACCGGCAGCAAGGCCGGGGUUACCCGGUCGGUGGUGGCCACCACUCGAGCCCGGGUCUGCCGUCGCAAGUACUGCCAGAGAGCCUGCGAAAACCUGCAUCUCUGUAAACUCAACCUGCUGGGCCGGUGCCACUAUUCGCAGUCGGAGAGGAACUUAUGCAAAUAUUCUCACGAGGUUCUCUCAGAAAAGAAUUUCCAAGUCCUGAAAAACCACGAGCUCUCGGGACUCAACCAAGAGGAAUUAGCAGUACUCCUCCUCCAAAGCGACCCAUUUUUUAUGCCCGAGAUAUGCAAAAGUUAUAAAGGAGAGGGUCGAAAACAGAUCUGUAGCCAGCAGCCACCAUGCGAGAGACUCCACAUCUGUGAACACUUCACCCGGGGAAAUUGUAGUUACCUCAACUGCCUGAGAUCCCAUAACCUGAUGGACAGAAAGGUGCUGGCGAUCAUGAAGGAGCAUGGGCUGAGCCUGGAUGUGGUCCAGAACAUCCAGGACAUCUGCAACAGCAAGCACGCCCGGAGGAACCUUUCUGGGCCGAGAGCUCCUACCCCGCACCGUAGACCUGUGGUGCCUAGAGGUAGAAGCAAGAGUAGGGAAAGAUUCCUGCAGGACAGCCAAGAGUUUUUUCCAUCUGCCUCAGCUGCUGCUCAGAAGUCCCGCACAUCCAGCCCAGAUGUUGUGGGCCAAGGGCCUCCCCGGGAGGAUGGGCUGGUGGAUGACCUCACCCACAAGUUCACACAUCUGGGGGGUCAGGAUCGCACCCAGUCUUCCUCCAUCUUGUCUAAGAUAGCUGGUCUUGGAGGACCAGAUCAGGUGGGAUCAAGCCAGAAGUUUUCAGAGAAUGGCAGCCCAGAUGGCAUCUUUUAUAGGAAUCAUUCUGAUUCAACGCCGGCCUCCAGCCAGAAGGGCUCCCCAACCUGGCUGAACGACCAAGGCACUGGGAGAGACAGUGUGUUUUAUCCAAGUCCGGCUGCUGUGGUCUCGCCUCUUGGUUUUGGAAAAAUACCUGAAGCCGUAACCACCAGAAAGGGCACGGCCAUCCUCUCCCCAGACCUUGUGAAUGUCAAGGGCAAGAAUGGGACUCAGGACACUCAGCGUGUCCCUCUUUUUAAUAAUAACGCUGAUGGAGCGGCCAUGGAUAUUACUUCUGCAAGAUUUUUAAAUUACGGAACCACCACCAGCAACCAGAGAGAAACGGCUGUAGCUAGGAAUCACCAGGACAACGGCACUUCUCCCCAGGAUGUGCAGAUUGCCAGGAUGAGAAAGGACCCAGGAGCAGCUUUUCGUAAUGAUUCCAUAUCUGAUGUCAUAAGCACCACAUCUUCUAGGAUGGAUGAUCAUGGUUCAAAGGAAAUUUGUCUAGAUUAUCUGUAUAAGGGUUGUCAACUUAAUAGCCUCUGUAACAAAAUCCACUCCCUCUGGCCCUACCAGUGGCAGAUACUCGUUUCAGACACCUGGAUGGACUUUCCGUAUUCGGAGAAGGUUGAGGAGGCCUAUUGUGACCCCAAAACCCACAUCUUUUUUGUAGGAACUGAUAAAUUCAAUUUCCGGAAUAUGACUUGUAACUUGAGUCCCAUCCGACGCCUCUCCACUCCUUCAUCCGCCUUAAUCCCGAAGUCAGCCAACUCUGUCUUUGCCACCAAAUGGAUUUGGUAUUGGAAGAAUGAAUCUGACAAAUGGGUUCAGUAUGGGGAAGAGAGCAACAACCAGCCCUGUUCGAACAUCGACUCAACCUACCUGGAGUCUUUGUUCCAGUCCUGUCCCAGAGGAGUGGUGCCCUUCCAGGCGGGGUCACGGAACUACGAGCUGAGUUUCCAAGGGAUGAUUCAGACGAACAUAAUUUCCAAGACUCAAAAGGAUGUCAUCAGAAGGCCGAAAUUUGUUUCUUCCCUGGAUAUGCACCAAAUGAAAAGGGGACCAGACCAUCAGCUGGUGCGGCCUGCAGCAGAGUCUCUGCUAACUUCAGAAUUGCUUCCUCAGUGGGAUCUUGGCUCCCACCCUCUGAAUGGUUACCAGUUGAUAGAGCUUGAUAACCAAAACAGAGAAUAUACCAAAAUAAGUGAAUAUUUUAAAGCUUCUAUGAAAAAUUUCAAGAUUGAAAAGAUAAAGAAGAUCUUGAACCCAGAGCUCUUGCAAGCUUUUGAAAGGAAGAAAUCGAAGAUGCAGAAAGAAGAGAGCUUGCUGUUUUAUGCAACAGGUCGUGCCCAUGUGGAUUCUAUUUGUGUGAAUAAUUUCGACUGGACCCUGCAUGGACCUCAUGAGCUCAAAUAUGGAAAAGGAAAUCACUUUGCAAAAGAAGCCUUCUCUUCCCAUAAAAAUUGCCAGUAUGAUGCUAAAAACACCAUUAUGUUCGUUGCCCGAGUCCUGGUUGGAAAUUUUAUCGAGGGAAAUAUGACAUACACGAGGCCUCCUCCUCCCAAUGACAGCUGCGUGGAUACGAUUCCGAAUCCCUCCAUUUUUGUCAUCUUUCAGAAGGAUCAGAUGUACCCAGCGUACGUGAUUGAAUAUAGUGAAACAGAUAAAGCCUGCGUGAUUUGUUAGAAAGGAUGUCACACCCAUUCUGUUCACAAAUAGGACCAAAUUGCCCCAGGUAACAGUUAGAUUUUUACAUUUUCUUAUCAAAUUACCUAAUGCCUUAAAUCCGUGGUACCCAAACUUUGCUGCACAAAAACUCCAAUGCCCAGGUUGUACCUUAUCCCGACAAAAUCACUCUUUGCAGGGGCAACAGCCAGGUAGUGGUAUUUUUAUAGGUCUUGCAGUGAUUCCAGUGUGUUAGGAUGUUUGUGUUGUCUUAGCUACAAUCGGUCAAGACUCUUUUCUGAAUUUUCCACAGUUCCAUUAAUCUUUCUCUUCUCUUUUGAGCUUUACGUAUAGCAUGGUUAUGUUUUAGUUAAAUUAAAAGAAAAUUAAUUGGGGAAAUUUGAGAAAUUUAACAGGUAUUAAUACCUAUUCAAAUAAGGACAUAAGACAUUACAGACUUGGGUGGAAGAUUAUGAACAGCUGGGAGAAAAGUGCCUACGGACACAUUGAGGGGGAAAAACAAGAAAAAAAUGAAAUGUAAAUGCUAUUGUAGACAUAACCGCAGUACUAUACCGUAUCAUGUGAUGAAAGUAAUCUGGGGACCCGUUUCUCUGACUCUGCGUUUAUUCAGAAGACAGACUCCAUAGGACUGACUCUUUCUGGGAUGCAAUAAGUAAGAGCCAUCAAGUAUGUCUCAGAGAGAAGCAAGCGACUGGAGUUCACUGCCCAUUUGGGCUCUUUAUUUAAUGAUGACAGAGUAGACAUUUAUAUUCUAAUUAAUGUGAUUACAGAAAAGGUGUUCUGCAUGCCAGACUUUCAUGAUGACGUCUGUAUUUUAGGAGGACUGCAGAAGCAGGUUCACACACAAGCAUGACUGAUAAACCUGUGUGCUAUUGUAGUCGUUUGCUGUGGUCGAGGAGAGUCACCCAGGAGUUAGGAGCAGGCCAUCCCUGUUGAAGGAUGGGGCUCUUAUGAGGUGAGAUUCGUUUAUUUGUGAGCACAGACUCUAAACAAAGAGAAUGAAGUCCCAAAUAGGGACCUUGUGCCCUCUAGGGCUUCUUUUUGUAAAAACAGUAGAUUGUAUUGUAAUGUAGUUAGUUUCUAGAGCAGUUGAGGUGCCUGGACCAAUAUCAUCUUCCUUAUCUUGAGUCAGGUUUUUCCUUCCAAUUUUCCUUCUCAACAUUCCAUUAUCAGUUUCCGAAAGUUCAUAUUAGGUUUUAGAUGAGUUCAAAAAGCUUCACAGUUCCUUGGUAUAGUGUUUCCACUAGUAACACAUGUGUAAAGGUCUUUUGUAAGAGCAGGGUUAUUUUUCUGGAAGGCUUCACACAAGUGGUUAUUUUCAUUCGCUCUGAUUGUGAUUUUGAACGGGCACUCCAAAUGAAGACACUUAGAAUUCAUUUCUUGACCUUGACCCUUGAGCUGUAGAGGUGCCCUUUAUCCAGCUCCUUCCAGAUGUGUAGUUGGCUAUUUCACAGGCAUCUCUAGCUGCUCAUGUCCAUCCGCCUCCUUCACAGGAAUAUGGUCCUCCCCCAAGUAAACAGUGUCACUGGAUCCCAUCUACCCAAGUGGAAUUCCAGGAGCUAUACUUGACUCCUGCUGUCCCUCCCACUACAUAUCCAAGUCCUUCCCAAGUCACAUUUUACCUCUUCAAUACCCCUUGGUCCCUUUCUAAGUUGUUCUCUACAUAGCAGCAAGAUUGGUCAUAUUUUAAAAUAUUUACUUCGUGAUUCUCUUUUCAAGCACAAAUCUGAUCUGAUCUUUAGGAUAAAAUUCAAAAGCAUGAUCAUGGCCCCACAUGAUCCUCCCUUCCCUAGACUUCUAUCAUUUAUUUCUUCCACAUGAGACAGCCUGGCUCCCAUGCACUUCUUUGGUGCUCUCUUCGUCUAGUUCAGUGUUUCCUACUGAGUACUUCUACCUUAAAAAAAAAAAAAAAGAAAAGAAAAGAAAAAAAGAAAUACUUUGCAACAUCUGUUUUGUUAUCUUCAAAAUUCAAUUCAGAGGUAAUAUACUCUGCCUACAUACAAUAAAAUUUAAGUAAUACUACUAUUAAUAUAAAAGACAAACAGAAGGCCCACAAUUUGGGCACAACCUUAUAGUACUAGGAGGCAUAAUGAAGUAGUCACAUGCUAAUUUGUACUUAUAAUAAAUAAAUUUGAGCUUGAAAGUAGAGCAGAUGCUAUUGUAUAGACAAAGAAAAUGAAAAAAGCAGGGAUAUGAGGGGGCAUUAGAAUAAAAACUAGUGCUACAGCAACUUAUUUGCAUAUAACACUUGUGUGUAUAUGAUAAGAGAAAGAACGAAAUAACCUUCAUUGAAAUAGGCUAUGUAAGAAAAUUUACAGAUUGUCGAAACAGAAAAAAAAAAAGAGAAAAUAUUAUAUUCUUACAGACGAGCUGUAGAUUAUAUGUGAAUGUCUAGCGAGACAUUCAAAA